AAACUCUGUGAGGGAAUUCUCAACAUCCUUGAAAAAGACACAAAAACUUCAUGUCAAGUCGUCUGCCUGGAAGCCCUCCGGAUUCUCUCCAGGGACAAGAAGGUUUUAGUGCCUGUAACCACAAAGAGGAACAUGCAGAUCCUUAUGAGGCUAGCAAAGCUGGACACUGUGGAAGAUCCCUUGGAGAGAGUGUCUGAAUUUCCUGUGAUAGUAGAAGCUUUAAAAUGCCUCUGUAACAUAAUUUUUAAUAGUUCAGUUGCACAGAAGCUCAGUUUGGAACUGAAUCUUGCAGCUAUGCUCUGCAAUCUUCUACGAAAAUGUAAGGACCAACAGUUCGUUGAUGACAUUAAGUGCUUUGAUUUGCGUCUCCUCUUCCUCUUGUCACUUCUGCACACAGAUAUUAGAUCACAGUUGCGUCAGGAACUGCAAGGGGUGCAAGUUUUGACUCAGGCCUUGGAAAGUUCCCUGAGUGUAAGAUGGACAGAAGAAUACAAAGCAGCAGAAGAUCGUGACAGGCCUCCUCUCUCUUUGCAAGAGACAGAUUGUGCCAUUGAGGCACUAAAGGCUCUAUUUAAUGUAACACUUGACAGUUGGAAUGUCCACAGCAAGACUGAAUCUCAUCAAUUUCGUUACAUGGCUGCCAUCCUUCGACACUGCUUAUUAACCACGGGCCCCACCGAAGACAAAACUGAAGAGUUGCACAGCAAUGCAAUCAACCUCUUAAGCAAUGUUCCUGUUUCUUGCUUGGAUGUUCUUAUUAAUCCGUCGGCCGAAGAACAAACAGAUAUCAAAUACAAUGGUAUGAAUAUGAGAGCAAUUCAGAUCUUACUGGAUUUCAUGGAGAAGAGAAUAGACAAGGGAAGCAGCUACAGAGAAGGUCUGACUCCCGUUCUCAGUUUAUUAACUGAAUGCUGCCGAACUCAUAGGAAUAUCAGGAAGUUUAUCAAAGCUCAGGUAUUACCUCCACUAAGAGAUGUGUCAAAUCGUCCCGAAGUUGGCACAACAGUGAGAAACAAACUCGUGCGCCUUAUGACACAUGUUGACCUUGGAGUAAAGCAAAUUGCAGCAGAAUUUCUUUUUGUCCUUUGUAAAGAGAGAGUUGACAGCUUGUUGAAGUAUACAGGCUAUGGCAAUGCAGCAGGACUGCUGGCAGCACGGGGCCUGUUAGCAGGAGGAAGAGGAGAUCAUUGGUACUCAGAUGAUGAAGACACAGAUACAGAAGAGUACAAAUCUGCAAAACCAAACAUUAACCUUAUCACGGGUCACUUAGAAGAACCAAUGCCCAAUCCGAUGGAUGAAAUGACAGAGGAACAGAAGGAAUAUGAAGCUAUGAAGCUUGUCAACAUGUUUGAUAAACUUUCCAGAGAUGAGCUGAUCAAACCAAUGGGAGUGAGGCCGGAUGGAACAAUGGCUCCUUUGGAAGAAGCAGUCAGCCAGUACCAUACCAACAAGCAAGAGAGUUCAGACUCAGACUAAAGCAUCACCUGCUUCACUCUCAGUUCUCCUCUAAUCCACACUUUUCCUUAGAGCCACAACAUCUUUUAUCUAGGCGUUUUACCCUCACAUUAUCCUGCAUCACUUUAACUGUUCUGUUGUUGCAGUAUUUAAAUGAUGGAUCCUGUGCCGUAGUGUCUGAAUUUUUACAGUGUCUGUUUAGAGACCAUAGCCAUUUAUUAG